GUUACUUUAAAAUGUUCAUUUAUUUUAAUGGACACCUAUCGGCUCCUGCUGCGUGUGGGGCUCUGUUCUAAAAGCUUCCUGGUUCCUCCAGGUGAUGGACGGAGGACUCAGUGUCCCCUUUCCCUCCGCAGGAGAGCAGCACCAUGGCCAGCGUGCUGUCCCGGCGCCUUGGGAAGCGGUCCCUCCUGGGAGCCCGGGUGUUGGGACCCAGUGCCCCAGACGGACCGUCGGGGCCCGCCCCACCCUUGGAGCCGCUGCUGGAGGGGGCCGUUCCCCAGCCCUUCCUGGCCUCUGAGGACACCUCCUGCCAGGAGCCGCCCAAGGAGGUCCUGAAGGCCCCCGGCACCUCAGGCCUCCAGCAGGUGGCCUUUCAGCCCGGGCAGAAGGUUUACGUGUGGUACGCGGGUCAGGAGUGCGCAGGACUGGUGGAGCAGCACAGCUGGGCGGAGGACCAGGUGACCGUCUGGCUGUUGGACCAGAAGUUACAGAUCUGCUGCAGAGCGGAGGAAGUGUGGCUGGCGGAGCUGCAGGGCCCCGUCCCCCAGGUGCCGGCCCUGGAGCACGGAGCCCAGGCCGUGGCCUACAGGCCUGUCUCCAGGAACAUUGACGUCCCGAAGAGGAAGUCGGACGCGGUGGAGAUGGACGAGAUGAUGGCGGCCAUGGUGCUGACGUCCCUGUCCUGCAGCCCCAUCGUGCAGAGCCCUCCCGGGGCCGAGGUCAACUUCUCUGCUUCCCGCGCGGCCUGCGACCCGUGGAAGGAGAGCGGCGACGUGUCGGACAGCGGCAGCAGCACCACCAGCGGGCACUGGAGUGGGAGCAGCGGCAUCUCCACCCCCUCGCCCCCCCACCCCCAGGCCAGCCCCAAGUAUCUGGGGGAUGCCUUUGGUUCUCCUCAAACUGAUCACGGCUUUGAGACCGAUCCCGACCCUUUCCUGUUGGAUGAACCAGCUCCGAGGAAAAGAAAGAACUCCGUGAAGGUGAUGUACAAGUGCCUGUGGCCAAACUGUGGCAAAGUUCUGCGUUCAAUCGUGGGCAUCAAACGACACGUCAAAGCCCUCCACCUGGGGGACACCGUGGACUCCGACCAGUUCAAGCGGGAGGAGGACUUCUACUACACGGAGGUGCAGAUGAAGGAGGAACCUGCUGCUGCUGCUGCUGCCGUGGGCACCCCCGCGCCUCGGACUCCCACCGCCGAACCGGCGCCCGCCCCCGGCGUGACCGGCCUGCCCCUCGCCGCUCUCCCACCUCCGCCCAAAGCCCAGCCCUCCGGCCCGGAACGCCCUGGCCUGGAGUCUUCUCUGCCCUCGGGCGCUCUCAGCAAGUCAGCUCCGGGGUCCUUCUGGCACAUUCAGGCUGACCACGCAUACCAGGCUCUGCCUUCCUUCCAGAUCCCCGUCUCGCCCCACAUCUACACGAGUGUCAGCUGGGCUGCCGCCCCCUCCACCGCCUGCUCCCUCUCUCCGGUCCGGAGCCGGUCACUGAGCUUCAGUGAGCCCCAGCAGCUGCCACCUGCAGUGAAAUCUCACCUGAUCGUUACUUCUCCGCCCCGGGCCCCGAGCAGCGCCAGGAAAGCCCGAGGGGAGGCAAAGAAGUGCCGCAAGGUGUAUGGCAUCGAGCACCGGGACCAGUGGUGCACGGCCUGCCGGUGGAAGAAGGCCUGCCAGCGGUUCCUGGACUGACCCGCCUGCCGGCCCCGAUGGCAGCCGCUGACAUGAGGUGUCACCAGCCCUCAGCAGAAACCGGAAAGAUAGAGUGGAAAUGCAGAGGUUGGGCUCGAUUGGCGAAGGUGUAACACUUAAAGCAUUUUUUCCCCUUUGUGGGAACGUUUUAUUUUUUAAAAAACAAGGAACAGAAAUAUUCUCCCCCCACCCCCAAAAUAGGAGAGAGCCAAAACUGACCAAGGGUAUUCAGCAGUGAACCAGAGACCAAAGAAUCAAUGACCCUCCCUCCCCGCAUCUCCUCUCUCUAGGGGAUUAGUUUGUACACAUCAAAAGAAGGAACAGCUCGUUCUGUUUCCUGCUGAGUUGGUGAAUUCUUUGCUUCCUCAACUCUUUCCAGAAAGGACUGUGAGCAAGAUGAAUUUACUUUUUUUUAAAAAAAAAAAAAAAAAAGUUUCUGGCUGACGGGUGACUCAGAGGCAGGACUCCGUGGAUGGGUGGCAAGGUGGGUGUCCGCGUGUCUCAGGCUGUGCCGCCUCUUCCCGCCUGAGCAGCUCCCGUGGAAGGUAAAGGAAAGGCCCUUCUUGGCAACAACUGUUUGAAUCUGGGUGCCCUUAGACAUUGGGUUGCAUCCCAACAAAUGUCAUAUGGCUUCUUCUCAAAGCCCAGACUAAUAGAUUUUUAAAGACUAUCCCCAAAUGGCUGAGCCAAAAGGCUGGUAAGAAUUCACUUUUUGAAAUGUGGCAGUUAAACACUACCUUGAUGGUUCUCCUCUUUCCUCGAGGAGUCCUAGAGGGUUUCAGUGUCUUUAGAAACUCUCUGCUCUUCCCCAGAUAAACUCCCUCCUGACGUCUCUUCCCUCCAGUUCUGGAAAGGGCACCUCUGGAACAUUCUGUCUUUUUUUAUGGUGUAUGUGGAAGCUUUUACUGAUGAAAGUUUCCUUUUAUUUGGGCGGCCGGGGGAGACCCCAGUGGGUUGCCGGUAGGUUCCUGUUUGUUGCCUGGCUUCAGCAGGGCUUUCCCCAUUUCCGUUUUCUGCCUGGAGGCAGGAUGGGGAAGGCCAGAGAGAGUCCCCGAGGGAGUGAGGUUCAGGCUGAGGAAACCACGGAGGGAGAAGUGAGGUUGGAUUGGCGGCCCCUGGCGUCUCUGCCCUUGGUGUUUCUGGAGACUACAGGCGUUUAGGGGAGACGAAACUGGGCUGCAUUGAGGUCAGUGAGCAAAGCUGUUCCUGUCGGGCAGGAGGGAGGCCAGGAGUUCAGUGCCAGGCCAGCUCCGAUGCACACGGACCGAGGGCGGAGCCCCCGAGCAGGACGUGCUCUUGUCCCGGCACCUCCCCUCUCUGCCGAGCUUCCCUCGGGGCCUGCUUGAAUGUGACCACCUGGUGCCCAGCUGUCUCGGCGACAGGCCCUAGCCCUAUGUCCCAGAUGUCAGGGGCUCAGGGAAUCCCACCAAGCCACCUCUCCUAGCAAGAGCGGCAGCAUCCACCCCUUGGGUGUCAUCGAACUUGUCCUCUCAGUCCCAGUGAAGACACCUGGGCACUGAGGCUCUGUUGGAUGCUUCACGUGGGCGACAGACAUGUGCUUGUCAAGCCGAGACACGCUGAGUGUUACGAAACCUGCAGACCUAACCAACACCAGGGCCUGAUGUUCUGAAGGGUAUGGUGCCCUGGUUGGUGACAGGACAGACACUCUUAUGCGCAGGUGUCUUUGGCGGUGAUGGUGUAUGUUGUCAUAACUUAGUAAAAAAAUGUACGUGGAAUUCUGUGUCUUGGUAGAGCUGAAAAGCAGGCCAGCCCGAGGUGGCCCAGGGCGCCUCUUCCUGUUCCUCCGACCUCCUUGAGAACGAAGCGCUGGCUGCCGUCGCGGCCCUUCCCCCCGCUCCUCACUUCCCGCGAUGUCCGAGUGCAGAUCCUGUCGUGAGGGGUGGGGGCGUUCUUGACCUGCGGGGACCCUGCCCCCGAGGGUCUUCUGUUCCCUCUUGCCGAGUCUCCACUUUAGAGGAGCUGUUGGGUUCCCUCCCUCAGUUUGGACCAUGCAGAUGUAACUGGAUGCACAGAUGUCUCCCUGUGAGGUGGCUUCCCGGGCCGCUGGCACACGGGGCGGGAAAGGAAGAGAGAAAGAAGAGGAGGAUGGAACAGUCUAGAAACUGGGGUGGUUUUGUUUUUGUUCUGGGUCUUGGGUUUUGGUGCAGCCUUCCCUGCCUGCAUUUGCUCCCUGUCCUUUUUGGUGGGGGCGGCGUCUGCUGCCUCCCCCCCGCCCGCGCCCGUCUCGUCGCUGUUGUGUUGGUUCUUAGCACGUGCUCUGUCCCUGGGGUCGCUCCAUUCGUUUCUUCUUGGAGGGUGGGGGUGGUUCGUGCGCUGACCCGGCGAUCAUGCCUGUUUUCCUCAUCUCCGAUCUCCCUCCUUCCUGCGCCCGGGAAGCCGGAUCUGGUGGAAGGAAGCUGCCACGGAUGUGCUUCUGAAACUAACAGGACUGAUUUUCAAAGCAGUUGUCUUGGGAAACUGUUCAUCCCAGCGAUGUUACCUUUAUCCAGAGUAUUUCUCAAAGUCACCUUCAGAGCUGGCGGUGCUGUGUUCCCAACACGUUUAAGGAUGCCAGUCCGCACCCGCGCUCCCUGAGCACAGAGUCUAGCGAAUGAUGUCUGUGGUCCAGGGAGAGCUCCGGUUUCGGAGCGAAAGGACUGUCAGGUGAAAUAGCGUGGAUAUAAUCAUGUGGCUUUUAGACUGGCUCUGAGAGCAAUUCUGUAAUUUCAGAGAGCGAGUCGAGCAACGGCUACGCUGCCGCGGGAAGUCUAUAGCGCGACUCCUCGGAGAACAGUGUGACUUUGGAUGCGGAAACUCUGAUUUGCUGGGAGAAAUCUGUCCUGUUACUUUCUGGUCAUCCCAGGUUCUGACUUUACCCGGGGCCAAAAAAAAAAAGAGAAGAGGGAGAUAAAUCCCAUCUGUGAAUUUGUCUUAUUGGCGCCUUUUCCCCCAGCUGUCUUCCAAGUAUUAUUUUUACUGUUAAAAAUUUUUUUAAAAAAUGUGAAAUGUAAUGUUUUUACAGCAACAAUAUGAAAUAUAUUUUAUAAAGAAUAAAAUGGUACCUUGUCUGAUUUAA